UGGUAUAUGUGUAUACCGCAUAAUAUACGUAGUAAGAGCUAGCAAGACGACGUUGAACGAAACAUAAUUGAGUUACGAUAGACCGGAUUUUUAUAUAUCGAAAAUGCAAGUUGAAAAUCCGUAGAAACACGAUGUAUUUAAAAAAUGCCAAAAUGAUCUCGUUCCUUGGAAAAAGAGUUAUCUUAUCGCAACAUAACUUCUUAAAAAUUCCAAAACGUAAUGGUUAUUUUGUACUUGUUCCAGAAAUUGGUGAAGAUUUACCAGGCAAAUAUCCUUUACUGCAAGAGGAUAAAAGUAUUGCAUUUAAUACAGUUACGGUAGAAAAAUGUGUAGCUGCUAUUGGAAAACAGUCAAUAGAAUUUGAAGAUGAAGUCAAAAUGUUAGGGGCAAGAAUUAAAAACGUUGCCAAUCCUUGUCCAAAGAACCUAUUUGAAGAUGUAUUAAACCCUUUAGAGGAAUUUUACACAUCUUUGAAUAUAACAUGGAGUAUUUCAAAAAUAUUAUACUUUGCAAACCAUUGUGUAAUGCCCACACAAUAUUACGCACGUAUUCAUGAGCGUGCUAAAAGAGCUGCAGCAAGUAGACUUAUCAACAUGCCGAUUUAUGUGGCAUGUAGGAAUAUCAUAAACAACAAAGAAAUUAAAUUGCCCAAUGAACAAAACAAAAUUUUAUUAAAAUACAUAUUGGAAGGAAGACUAAACGGAUUGGAUUUGUCAGAGAGAAAGAAGAUAGAACUUAUAGAAUUGUCAUUCUCAUUGAUAAAUAAGACCAAAGAAUAUGCAGAAAAAUUGGAGGUGGCUAUAAAUCAAUUUACUUUGACGUUAAGAGAUCCUAUGAUUCUAAGGGAUUUUCCAGAGGAAGUUUUAAAAAUUAUGGCAAAAGAUAAUAAACAAUAUCAGGAUGGUCCUUGGACAGUAACUUUAGAUCCUAUUAUAAAAAAGUCAUUCAUGGAGUAUUGCCCCGAUCGUGCUCUGAGGUGGAAAGUUUGGGAUGCAGAUGUCACCAAAACAUCUAUAUUACAAGAGAGAUUGUUACAAACGAGUACAUUAUUAGAAGAGAUUCGUUUUGAACGAAAUAAAGUGGCAAAGCUAUUAGGAUACAAAACAUAUGUUGAUUUAAGAAUGGAAACUAAAAUGGCUGGAAGUUUGGAAAAUGUUUAUAGUGUGCUGGACACUUUACUGGAUACAGCUCGUCCUGCUCAAGAAUACGAAAUGAAACAACUCAAUGAAUUUGCAAAUGAAAGAGGUAUGGAAGGCAAACUUCGACAAUGGGAUGUGCCAUAUUGGAGUAGAAAACAGCUAUAUAGUAUAUACAAGUGUAGGGAAGAAGAUCUAAAAAAUUAUUUUCCAUUGCCAAAAGUAUUAUCUGGUAUAUUUGAAUUAACCGAAACUUUGUUCAAUGUGAAGAUUGUUAAAAACACAAAAUUAGAUGUUUGGCACAAAGAUGUCCAGGCUUUCGAUAUAUUUAAUCUGAAGGAAUCAAGAACGGAUCCAGUAGCUAGCUUUUACUUAGAUGCCUAUAAAAAAGACAGUGAUAUUCGACUAUCGCAAGGUAUAGGAUACAUGGUAACGAUAAAAGAAAGAAGUAAAGCAAGCGGCACAAAACCAUUAGCAGCAUUGAUAUUCGACUUUCAACGACCAUUUGGUGAAAGACCAUCCUUAUUGUCAUUCAAAGAUGUCAGGAUUCUCUUUCAAAAGUUUGGACAUAUGCUACAACACACGUUAACGACAGUGGAAUAUGCUGAAAUAGCUGGAUUUUCGUCUAUAGAAUGGGACUCAGUCUUCAUUAAUGAUUAUUUUUUUGAAAAUUGGUUGUACGAGCCAUUUGUUUUACAACAAAUCUCUUGUCAUCAAGAUACUGGGGAACCAUUAUCUACAGAAAUGAUCGAAACACUGAGAAACUCAAAAUCGCAUUUAGCUGGCUACAAUCUAUGCCGGGAACUAUAUUUGUCGCGGUUCGAUUUAGAAUUAUAUUCUGGCGAUGAAUUCUGGAAUAAUAUAAUGAAUCGCUUGUGGAGUAAAUAUUUUGUAAUCCCGCAACAUAAAAGAGAUUGUCAUAUCUGUUCGUUCGCACCUAUUUUUAGCGGAGAUUGGGCGGCUUCUUAUUACAGUGAUAUUUGGUCGCAAAUGCUUGCUGCUGAUCUGUAUAAUGUUUUUCAAGAAAUAUUGAUAAACAAAGAUAAAGAAGCAUUGCAGGAAAUGGGAAACAGAUAUCGCGAAACAUUUUUAUCUUUAGGAGGUAGUUAUUCCACAAAUGAAAUUUUCAGAACCUUCAGAGGAAGAGAUCCUAAUCCAAAAGCACUUUUGACAAAUCUUGGAUUGGACACCAAAUCCAGUAUGUUAGAAACUAAUGAUGAAAAGUUAAAGUAGAAUUUAAUAUAACUCAAUCACAUAAGUAUGUAAAAAAUUAGUUCUCUUUUGUACAAUAGCAAUGAAAUAUAAUUUAUACAAACAUA